AUGAGUGAGGUUCUUUUGUACAACAGUUUUGAGGCACUUAAGAUCGUGGAACUCCUUAACCAGCAGCCGGAAAUGCAAAAUAUAGGAAGUGGCGACAUUUUGGACCUCCUAGACGUCUAUAUAACGACUACUUCAGAAGCAUAUCUAAGACAGCUAUGUCUUACGCGUGUGUCACAAAAUGGAGAAUCGCCGGUCUUUCGUUCCCGUCGGCCUCUAAGCGUACCCGCGGACCAACUUAGGAGCAAUCCCGCCAUUGAGAUGGUCUUCUACCGACAACCGGACAUUGUUACUACUGGGAUCAAGUUCGACCCCUGCAAACCAUCGGGUCUAACUUCCGCCGUGACAGUGAAAAGAAAUCAAUCAGAUAAAUUUGGCAUACAGAUUGGUCGUCUGAACGGUGGAAUUUAUAUUUCUUACGUGAGAAAGGACUCCCCGGCUGCUAGAGCUGGCCUCCGUUUCACCGACCAAAUUACGCAUAUCGAUGAGCAGCCAGUGACAGGCUGCGAGAUACCAGAGGUUUUGGAGAUGCUGAGGAGCAAGCAAACAUGUAAAAUUACGAAGAAAGAUCGGUAA